AUGAAUAAAUUAUAUCCAGUAUCACGUGAAACCUACUGGAGAACCAUCCAGCAAAUCACAGCAAGACACAAUUAUUUAUAUUUUCAGGUGCUAAUUGACGAAGCGGAGGAUCUCUUAGCACCCAACUACAAAACACUGGUGAUGAUUCAAGAGAUUCGUAGAGCCGGCUGUAAUGUUUAUUUCAUUCUAUUAGCGAAUGGUGAUCAAGCAGCUAGAUUCCUACGAUUUGGGGACAGACAUAGGAUUCUCGACACAAGAGCGAAUUUCCUAAUGAUCUAUGAUACUAGACUUUUCAAUAAGGAUCUACAUUACCUUUGGAAAAAAAUAGUCAACAUAGUAUUCUUCAGAAGAUAUGGAACGACAAAGAGAUUCGAAUUGACUACAGUUCCUUUUCCAGCACCCAUAAAGAAAACUUUGGUACCAAAAAGGAUAAAUUCUUGGUUCAAUGGAAAAUUUCAGAACAUAAUGGGGUUGUACAGAGAUAAAACAACAAAUCUGAACCAACAGACUUUGAACGUAGUGGUGAUAGAUCACAUUCCAUCCGUUGUUAAAACUAAAUCUGAGAAUAGAUUAGAUGUUGUGGAGUUGGACAGUCCACAAAAACAGAAAGUCAGAGGGCUAGAAAUACAGAUGCUGAAAACGCUACAAUCGGUUCUGAAGUUUAGGUCGUACAUCUACAUGACAGCCAACAGUGAUACGGAGGCCUGGGGAAGGAAGCAGCUGAACGGGAGCUACUCAGGCCUGCUGGGAGAGGUAUGGGGAGGUCGAGCUGACAUAGCUCUCGGCAACCUCUACUACACCUCAUAUCAUCUGGACCUCAUGGACCUCACUGUGCCUUAUGCCACGCAAUGCCUCACGUUUCUCACUCCCGAGUCGCUGACUGACAACUCCUGGCAAACCCUCAUCCUGCCAUUCAAAUCGAAUAUGUGGAUUGGAAUUAUCACCACUCUAGUCGUGGGAGGCAUAUGCUUCUUUAGCCUGGCAAAUGUAUAUCACCACAUACAAAACAACGACGAUAAACGACUUCAAAUAAACAAGAUGAAAAAGCAACUGAAGAUACUUAAAAGUUCUAUAAGCAAUUCAAUUAAAAGAUUGAGUCAGGUUCAUUGUAUUGCGAGGCUGAUAAAUGAAAUCGAAGAUAAAUUUGGGAGGACACAGAAAAUUAGAAGAAGUGGAUUAUCAGGGAAGAAUGGGAUGUACUCCAAUAUUGAAGAAAACUUGGACUUGGAGGAGCAUGAUGGACUGUAUCUGUUUGACUCCAUUGAUAACGGACUUUUAUACACAUUCAGUAUGCUAACUUUGGUUUCAUUGCCGAAACUCCCGACUGGCUGGGCUCUGCGUGUCAUGACCGGUUGCUGGUGGAUGUAUUGCCUGCUAAUUGUGGUUGCCUACAGGGCUAGCAUGACUGCUAUACUAGCGAAUCCAAUGCCCAGGGUGAUGAUCGACUCAGUGGAGCAGUUGGCUGUGAGCACGGUGAGAUGUGGCGGCUGGGGCGAAGAGAACAAAAAGUCGUUCAUCAGCUCGAUUGACCCGGCUGGGAGGGAGAUCGGUCGCAAGUUCGACAUAAUCGACGACCCCUUGGCGGCCAACGCCUUGGCAAGGAUUGCCGAUGGCCAGUUCGCUUACUAUGACAACAUCUACUGGUUGCAGGAUGCGCGUGUCAAGUAUUGGAUUAGUUUGGCACGCGGUAGAGCUGGCGAUCUACUAAAUGUAACCGAUGAGCAGAACAGCACAGAAACCAAUCUGGUUGCCACAAAACUACAGCACAACCUGCACAUAAUGAGCGACUGCGUCAUCAACAUGCCAAUCUCGCUGGGACUGCAGAAGAACUCGCCACUCAAACCGCAGAUGGACAAGUUCAUCAGGUCCCUGAUCGAGGCAGGCCUGGUCCAGAAAUGGCUGGCAGACGUCAUGCUGGACACCAUGAUAAUGGAGGCCAAGAGUCCGCUGGGCAACGACCAGGAAAACAUCAAAGCUCUCGUUGAUCUGCCGAAACUCUACGCCGGAUUUGUGGCGCUGUUCAUCGGUUACGGAAUCAGUAUACUUUUUCUCAUACUGGAGCUAGUGCAUUGGAUGUGUAUCGUCAAGAAGGACCCAACGUUCGACAAGUAUGAUUUGAAAAAGUAUUAUCAUUUAAAAUAAUAUUGAAAUCUUAAUGAAAUUAAUAUGAUCAUUUGAUGAAAGUAUUAUCAAUAUAGAUCCAGGUGAAGACAACACCUUCACUUCACGUUCGACAAGUUUAAUUUGAACAAGUAUU